CUGUCUCGACUUGCUCUUCGACCUCGACCACGUCCUCAUAGAUCUCCUCGACCUCCUCUUCCACAAUGUCUCUUGCUUUUGUCGGCCGUGUCUGGUCUUCCUUCCUCCAAACAUCUGGACUAGAGCCUACUCUCAUCCCCAAACUCUUGCUCAAAGACGCGAAGCCAGGCCAUGUCUCUCUCGAAUUGACCGUCGAGCAAUCCCACACUAACCGCCUCAAGAUCCUCCAUGGUGGAACAGUCGCGGCUCUCGUCGACCUCUCCGGAUCCCUAGCCGUCGCCUCCCGCGGCAUGUACUCCACCGGCGUAACCACCGAUCUCAAUGUCACCUACAUCUCUUCCGGCGGCAAGGUCGGCGACAAGAUCUUCAUCGAGUCCUACUGCCACAAGCUUGGCCGCAACCUCGCCUUCACCACCGUCGAGUUCUUCAAGCCCGCCGGCAAGUCGCCUGCCUUCCUCCCUCGCACUCCCGAAUCCCUCGAAUUAUUCGCCCGGGGCACUCAUACAAAGUACAUUGCUCAGGCCAUGAAAGACCCCCAAAACGCCCUCGACCAGCUCAACAAGCCGCUUUAGGCCUGCACUUGUUCUCGAGCGUACGUCGUCCGCGCCCAAUUUAAUCCCUCCUCGUCUUCUAGCGACAUCCCUUAGACAAUCUUCUGCCUCUACAUUAUCUUAUAUUCAUCUUGUUUAUCUCGCCAAUAGACAUCUUAACUUUAAAUAUACAAUUUUUGGCUUAAAGUUAUAUACUCGUAUAUUGCCAAAUACAUCAUCUUGG